CAUCCACAUCGGUGUUGGCAUCAUGUCGAACUACAUUGUGCUGAUUGUAACUGUUGCUGUCAUUGGCUUGACAUUAAGCAAGAUUGCAGGCAGGUGGCAGUCUGGCGGCUAUAUGGAACGAAUCCCACAGGUCAAUGCAUCAUAUUAACUUGUGGAAAAUAAUUCAUUUGCUCUCUGUGGGAGUCGAACCUGAGCCUGGCCAGUACCUGAGUUCAAAGACAAGAUUGUUAUCCACUCGACCACAAGUACUGGGGUUCAAGCAAUGCCUAACAAAGAAAGUGCAGAAGCGACCCAGUACGCGGAUUUCCUCAAUCAAGGACGCAAAGAUGGUGUAUGCGGAAAAAAUGAACAUUACAGCGACACGCUUCAACAUUGUGAAGAGUACUGCGACGGUGGCUAUGGAAACAUUUGCUACGUGAACCAGAAAUUCUGUUGGUGCAACAAGGGUUACAUGCGGGAUCCAUCAGGAAAUUGUAUGAAAAUUGAAGAUUGCCCGAAGAAUGAAAAACAGAAUUCAAAGACUUCGACAUCCAGUGACGACAACGAUUUUUUAAAACGGCUGGAAACUGUUCUAAAAUCAGUUUCAAAUUCUCCGGAUUUACAUAACUCAGUAUACACUGACUCACGGGUAGAACGAUUCGGCCGAAUAAUUGUUCAAGAUGUUCUUAAUUUGGUGUUUGGAAAAAUUGAAAACCUCUCGGCUGUAAAAAAACACUCAAAAACUGAAUCGGAAGUUCAGGAGUUUAACCGAACAAACCAACAAAAGAAUGUGGUGAUUGAAAAACCUGACGAUCCUGCUGCUGAAAAUAACAACGGAGAAGAUGUACCACCAAUUCCGAAACCUGAUAAAUCACUUGACCAAGAUCUUCCUAAAUCUGGUGCAAUUCCGAAACCUUAUAAAUCACUUGACCAAGAUCUUCCUAAAUCUGGUGCAAUUCCGAAACCUUAUAAAUCACUUGACCAAGAUCUUCCUAAAUCUGGUGCAAUUCUGAAACCUUAUAAAUCACUUGACCAAGAUCUUCCUAAAUCUGGUGCAAUUCCGAAACCUUAUAAAUCACUUGACCAAGAUCGUCCUAAAUCUGGUGCAAUUCCGAAACCUUAUAAAUCACUUGACCAAGAUCUUCCUAAAUCUGGUGCAAUUCCGAAACCUUAUAAAUCACUUGACCAAGAUCUUCCUAAAUCUGGUGCAAUUCCGAAACCUUAUAAAUCACUUGACCAAGAUCUUCCUAAAUCUGGUGCAAUUCUGAAACCUUAUAAAUCACUUGACCAAGAUCUUCCUAAAUCUGGUGCAAUUCCGAAACCUUAUAAAUCACUUGACCAAGAUCGUCCUAAAUCUGGUGCAAUUCCGAAACCUUAUAAAUCACUUGACCAAGAUCUUCCUAAAUCUGGUGCAAUUCCGAAACCUUAUAAAUCACUUGACCAAGAUCGUCCUAAAUCUGGUGCAAUUCCGAAACCUUAUAAAUCACUUGACCAAGAUCUUCCUAAAUCUGGUGCAAUACCACCAGCAGAAGUUUGGAUCAACAUGGAAAAGUCUUCAUAAUAUAGUUAUAAGAAUAAUUCGUAGUGUUCGAAGACUCACAAACGUAAAGAUCAGUGUAGUAUAACCUAGUUGAUAAGUGAGCUAAUGUUCGAUUACAAUACCAUUUUUUGUAAUACAAUAAGAGAUUAAUAAUAAAUAGUUUUCAAAAAGUGGAAUUUCUCAUUUUAAGUUGUAAUUGACAUCAAUAACCCUAUCAGUAUUCCAUAAAAAGAACUGUAUAAGA